CUGGAAAGCUCUUUUUUCUAUAUUUCCUGAUUGACUGCCUCCUCCCACACCCAUGCUUCUACAUUUACUGAGGGUAUAAAUUGCCUUGUGAGUUCAACCCAGUCAGAGCCAACAUGAAGACAGCCACAGUCUUUGUUCUGGUAGCUUUGAUUUUCAUGACAAUGACUACUGCCUGGGCUCUGUCUAACCCCAAAGAAAAACCUGGCGCUUGUCCUAAGCCGCCCCCACACAGUUUUGGAACUUGUGAUGAACGAUGCACAGGAGAUGGAUCAUGCUCUGGCAAAAUGAAGUGUUGCAGCAAUGGCUGUGGUCAUAUCUGCAAACCUCCUGUCUUUUAACCAUGUGGAAGAUGGAUCUUUAUAAGCAGGACUGAUGGCCAACCCCAGAAGGUUUUUUUGAACCUACAGACCCCAUGCUUGGCUCCUCCUUAGACCUAGAAUUUCAUCCUUGGAAGAGGAAGAUCUAUGCUGUGGUGACAGCUUCCUAACGUGUUUGUGUCUAAAAUAAACUAUCCUUAGCAUCCUUCCUGUUGAAGAGUUCUUA